AUGUAUGCUCCUGAUGUAAACGACCGGUUUCUUGCCUUGUCAAGGGCUGGUCCUAAUGACUUUUACUUCACUGUGGCUUCCAGCAGUCUUUUAGUUCUAUGUGAUGUAAGGAAGCCUUUGAUGCCAAUAUUGCAAUGGAAGCACAACAUUGAUGAACCAUGCUACAUGAAUGUAUUAAGCUUGUCUAUGUUAAGAUCUCACUCAAAGGUAGAUAAUUUUAAGCUGGCUUCUGAAAUGGGGUUUUGCAUUAUCUUGGGAUCAUUUUGGAAUUCUGAGUUCAAUAUAUUCUGCUAUGGACCUACGUUUCCAUUUCGGAAAGGUUCUAUUACUUCGAAGUUUUCGAAGAUUAGCACAACAUUCUGUGCUUGGGAGCCUCCAUCUAAGAUCAAUUCAUCUAGUCGCGAGUGUCUUUGUGGAAUUUGUUUGUUUAUGGAAGAGUUGUCAAAGGAUGCACUUCUUAAGUGGAUUGAUUGGCAACUAAAGAAGGAGAUGGUUUUGGGAUUUGACAUUGUAAGCAAUGACCUUGCUUCUUUACUCCAUGAACCAGAUGAACAUGGUGGUUUUACACUAGUAAGGAUAAUGUCAUCAGGAAGGUUUGAAUUGCAGAGAUAUCAUGCCUCUUGGUCUCCGGAUGGAAAAUUGGAAGAUUGCCGAAAGACUAGGGCUCGAGUUAAAAUUCUUGACGGACCUCCGGGAACUGCAGAAAGAGCAGUUAAUUUGGUAAUGGUUUCUGCAAAAGAAGAGCCAGAUCGCCCCAUACCACCUGCUGUGGAGGGUUUGUUAAGGGUUCAUAAACAAGUUUGCAAUGCGGACCGUGAUCCCGCAGAUAGCGCAUCAGGUGCAGGACGCCCAGGUGCUACGAGGCUUCUGGUGGCUGAUACUCAAGCGGGAAGUUUGAUUGGAAAGCAAGGGGCCACUAUAAAAACCUUUCAAGAUGCUACAGGUUGCAGUAUACGCAUUCUUGGUUCAGAACACCUGCCAAUUUUCGCUCUGCGGGACGAUAGUAUUGUUGAGAUACAAGGGGAAUCUGAUGGAGUUCACAAGGCAGUUGAACUUAUUGCACUUCAUUUACGCAAGUUUUUGGUUGACCGCAGCAUAGUUGGAGUAUUUGAAACACAGAUGCAACGACCCGAUGUUCACGUUAACCACAAUGUGCCACCACACCAAUCUUGGGGGCCUUCUCAAGGGUUUUCUGCUCCUGGUGGAGGUGCACCUGCGUACUCACCCAAUCCUCAAUAUAUGCCACCACAACAUAACUAUGACAAUCAGUAUCCCACCCCAAAACAACAGCCAGCCCGGACCAGCCUGCUGCAAACCAGGCAAGCUCUGCAUAACCGUACCGCCAGACAAAACCUGCGAACAGCAGCCAACACAUAA